UGUUCGCUUGGACGUAGUUAUUCGCUUGGGCCACGAACUUCAAUCUAAAGGCAACAGUCCCAACACGAAACUUCUCAUCUGAAGCUCCGAUCAACACUGCAAAGUUUAAAUUUUUGUGUAUUUUUGUUUUUUAAACUAAAACACAGAAACAAAUCCCGAGUGUUAGGGUUCUGUAUUCCUCGCGAGGCGCCGUUCCUCCAGCGUGGCCGGAAGCAACAUGCGAGGCGUUGGAGCCCUGAUGUUGGUGGCUGUGCUGACGGCGGCGACGCUGGUGGUGGAGACGAGGCCGCCACCCAGGAACAAGCGGGGCAUCAGGCUCUGCUCCGCCAGGGACGUCAAGAUCAUGGCCACCUAUGUUUGUAACCUUCAUCGUCGCUCCGUCCGCUCCGUCCACGAACCAGACAACACCUUCAGGUCUCCAGAUGCAGCGUCGCUCGUAGAUGUUAGCAACCGCCCCUGGCGAUCAUCUCCCUGUGGCAACACAGGUUGGGAUUGUAUCCCUGAGUUCGACUCCCAUCCAAUCCAGAGCUCAGUGGUAGACGUUGACGACGCGGCUAGCAUCACCUUGGCUGAUAUUCAAAGAUGGCUGUCAGCAAACGGCUACCAUCGCAUGUUUCUACCGGAGAACUCAAACAAUCUCUGGCCAGCGAAAAUUGGAAUGAUAAACGAAAACGCUGAUAUCAAUCAAGACACAGAAAAUGGAUUCGGAAGGGUUAACUACGCUAUCCCAUUCCUGGGCGACCUGCGGACCAAUAUGGCUAAACGAGAUAAGGAACUUGACUGGCCAGUUGUGGCACCCAGGUCUCUCGGUGAUGUCAGGAAGAACUGUUGCCUAAGGGAAUGUUCUGUAGAGGAUUUUUACGGCGCCUGUUCUUAAAUCUUCAAGCGCAGAAACACCAUACAGAUGCCAGCACGUCUCAAUUACUGAUUUUUCAACUUUUCUCAUGUCACUUCACAUUAUCUAAAAGCUAUACAUUGUGUUACUUAACUUAUUAUGUUGUUAUUGUCAUUACAAUUAUUUACGAUUUAUUAGUUUAAGAUAUAUUUAUACAUCACCUUCACCUACUCUGUGAUCUAUAUUUGUCCCAAAAUAAACAAAAUCAAAUAUA